AGUUGCUAGUUUGUGCUCAUAUAUGUAUGAAGCUGCCAAAGAAUUGACAGUUAAAAUAGAGAAGAAUGACUAUGAUAAAAAACACAUUAACAAAAAUCUAGUUCAAAUUAUAGACAAUAAGAAAAGUAAUUUGACUAAAAAAGAAGCUGACAAAUUUUCAGCUAUUCAGAAGAUCUGUUAUAUUGGUAAUCAAUAUCCCCCAAAUUUAGAAAAAUUAAAUUGA